AUGCCAGCUCCUAACGCCACUGACCUCACCUUCAGGAUUGCACUGUUCGUGUUCCUAAAAUGCAUGUUCCCUCAAACAAAGAAAAUAGAUAAAAACACUGAAGAAAAGCAAAGAGAGCGUCUGCAGGGCCCUAAAAGUCACCUGCAAUCAUCAGUAGUAUCAGAAAGGUCAGGACUUCAAGAUGGUCCUACGCAUCAAAUAAAAUCAGUUCAGAGCAGUUAUGGAAUAUCAGAACUAACCAGCAACAAAUCAAAUAGCACAGACAAUCUCUAUCUUAUGUCAUCAUCCAAGAGAAACAGGCCUGUCAGUGCUCCACCAGGUCAGCCAAGAUGUUUAGGGUUUCCUUGCUCAAAAAUUCAUUUGGCCCAGAAGGCCUCUGAAGUGCUUCACCUUUUUAAACGGCAGCCUUGGAUACUCAGAGUAACUGCUUUUAAGAAUGGCACAUUAAGUGUAUUUGCUAAAGUUGCAGUGGCACCUUCCAUUAAACUACUGCUGGAGGAGUGUACGGAAAAGCUGAAGCUGACUACGGCUGCACGACGAGUCUUCUUGGCAGAUGGCACUGAAGCACUGGAUGCUGCAGACAUACCCCAUGAUGCUGACGUUUAUAUUUCAACAGGAGAACCGUUUUCAAAUCCACUCAAAAAAAUUAAAGACCAUCUGUUGUUAAUGAAGAACACAACUUGGACACUGAACGGUCUAGUUCUUCCUAGAGAUGUCAAGAGAAGAAACGUCAAGCCUGUGCUUUUCAAAUGCGUGAAGAAACUUGCUGUGAAGUCAAGUAUCAGAAUUUUGGUAUUUAAGAACUGUACGGGGCAUGAUGGUUAUGCAAUAACAGCACCCUUGGACCACAUAGAAAAGUUUUUAGAUAUUUGCACCAUGCGACUGAACCUUACUUUGCCAGCUAAGAAUGUGUACAAUAUGCAUGGAGAAAAAAUUGAAGAUCUCAUGAAUGUUCCUUUGCUUGACAAAUGCCUGCAAAAUUCCAUCACACCUUUGCAUGGACCUCUUUGGGUCUCUAAGGGAGAAGGCUUCAGCCCCUUUGGAGCAAAGACGUAUAUCCAAGGAGUACUGUUGGCCUUGCACCAAAGAUUAAAGUCUGCAAAAAACUACUGCGAACAGCUGGAUUUUGCUGUUGAUGGCCAGAAAGAGAAAAUCACAUUCAAAAGCAUUCUGUCACUGAAAAAUGAAGAAUUCUGUAUGGAGCAAUAUAAAGUGAACAUGUUGAUUGAUGAAUUGCAGACAGCCAUCAAGAGCUACAGAGGUCACCUCUCUAUACUUGCCCCUCAGUUACAGGCUGAACAGGAGCAAUGUACUUCUUAUGUCUACAAACACAUUAAAGAAUUUCCUGCAAACACAGUUCUUUCACAAGGUCUGCAGCUAAAGGUGUAUGAAAAUGGCAAAGACACUGGAGAGACUCUUAUUUAUAUCCAUAAAAAAGAGAUGGAAAGUAAUUGUGAUAAUAAUCAACUCAGUCCUAUGUUGGAGAGAGUACUGAACGCGAUUCACCAAAGGCUCCAGCAUUCAGCCCAUUUCAGCCCGUCAGGCCUCAGCCGUUUCCCCACCCGGCUUUUCGACGAGGCCGGACAAGAAAUUAAAAACCCACUUUUAUUGCAGAAUGAGCAAAAAAUUUGGGUUUCUUAUGGCGAAGAUUACAGGUCUCCUUUAAACCCCAUUCUGAGUUUGACUUUUGACAGAGUGGCUAAAGAUGAAAAAGAUGGCAUCACAAUUAUUUAUAAGACAUUUUUGAAUCCUGUUGAUCUACUGCCUGGAUGUGAUAACUGGGAAGUUUGUGUAGGAAUUCCAGAUAACAUGCACUUCACAAACCACCUAGAAAAUCACAGCUUGGAAACUGUGGGUCCAGACAACCAUUUCCUACAAUAUAAGAAUGAUCCCCAGAUGGUUCUUCUUGUGUCAGUUACCAUGGAAAACAUGAGGAAAGCCCUUCAUAGAAGAGAAUACCAUCACAAUCUAAUGUCUGCUUCAGCUGCGUGGCCUCUAUCUAAUAUAUGGCUGAUCACGAAGGCUGGUAUGAUUCUAAGUCGAGCUAUACUACAAAGCAGUCUGGCUGUUGGUCAUCCAAUCAGAGCUGUGAUGCCGAAUGGCAUUCCUCUCGAAGGCUAUAAAGUAAACCUACAGAAAAGAGAUAAAAACAACAUAUAUCAAUACUGGGAAUUUGGAAACGAUGGCUGUAUCCAUUCUAAGGCUUACCCUGAGUUUGUAUUGACCUACCUAGAGGAGCUAAAUGUAAGAGAGGAGGUGACCCAGAUGGAAUACCAUACACACCAUGGGGCCCAGUCUGCGGUUCAUCGAGAGACAGACAUUAACUCAACAGAAGAGGUUCUACAAAAAAAUGUCAGCCACGGCAGUGAGAAACAACUUCCAGGACCUUUGGACGCCCAUUUAAUGCCUGAAGGCGCCUCAGGGGAGAACAGGCUGCUGACAGUGGCACUGGUGAGGAAGCUGGAAGAGAAACAUCCUAAGGCCUCUGCUCAAAGAUGGGCCAUUAAACAUGAAGGAACAAGUAAGCCUGGUCAGUGGAAACAAUCAAAAGUGGACAAUCCUUUAUGGAAUAAAUUGACAUAUAUGUGGCCUGUGCUUCCAAAUGGAGAACUUAACAAGGCUUUUGACUGGCCCAUUGAAGGGAUGCUUAUUCCUAACAGCCCCCCUUUAAAGAAACCUGCAGGCAAGAAGUCAGACAGCUACAUGCCUUUGAGACUGAGAGUGUUGAGAAAUGGAGAACAAGACAAAAGCAAGGCCAUCAGUAUUGUUGGACCUGAUUGUACAGCUAUGGUGAAAAAACAGUGCACCAUGAUGCUGAAUUUGCCCUUUGCUGCUAGAAGGCUAUUUACUGGGAAAGGACUAGAAAUCUUUUUCUUGAAAGAUUUGGAGAGAGAUCAGCUGGUUUAUGUUUCAUGUGGAGAACAGUGGAUUGAUCCACACUUGACCAUGGCCCAGAAUAAGAAACGCCUCCAGUUGAGUAAUUUAAUGUCUGAUAUAACUGCUAUUCGUGCAUACUGUGUCAUGCGUAACCCAAAAAACCUUGCUUUAGAGGUAAAGAAUCAUAUUGCUGUUGGAGCCAAACUUUCUGUUGAAAGAACUGCCGUGGAUUUUGAAGGGGAGAAGGUUUUUGAUGAGUUGGAAGAAAAACAAGCUGAAGAAAACACUCAAAACAUUGACGACAAAACAGACAAAUGUUUGAAUUCACAUGCAAAAUCCCAUCUUAAAGUUGAUAAAUUAUCUACAGCUACUAAGUAUAAUUGGCAGGAAAACCCCUAUGCUUUUGAGGAGAACAACAGCUUCCAGAAGGAAAAAGAUGAAAAAUUCUUUGAAACUGCAGAAUUGUAUCAGAAAUACAGGCAUCAACCUAAACCAACUAAAGAACUGCAGAAAGCCCAUCACCAACAGUUUGAAUUUAGAAAUGGGAAAAUUAUCAGCUGUAGCUCUCCAAAUCUUGUUUUGGGUGUGGAGAAUUCUGACCUGCAUUCUGGUACUGAAGUGGUUUUGUUGGAAAACAAAUGUGAAGACAUCAAUCAAUACUGGAUAUGGAGAGAGGAUAACAGGACAUUUCAUCUAAUGACGGACCCCAAUCUAGUGUUAGCAGUAUCAAUGCCCAACAUUUUGAAUGGCUAUCCAAAGUAUCCAUUGAAAAUGCAAGGAUGUGCUGUUAUCGUUCAGACAUACAAAGAAUGUAUAAAUGGUGCUGCCAAUCAAAAGUGGAAUUACUUGGAAACAACAAAGGUUUUUAAUGCCUUUUAUAGCACAAUAUUGGACCAAGAAAUCACAGCAGCAAAUUAUGCGUCUAUUUGUACAUUCUGCGUGACCAGCACAGAGAAAAUAGAUCAACCUGGUUACUAUUUCCUUUCACCGGAUAGAAAGAAAAAAGUAAUGAUAUGCUUGGCUUGUGCAAGGACCAAAAGAGAGAAAAGGGAACUGAGGAAACUGUCCCCUGGUACUGUGUUCUUCUGUGCAUCUGGUGCUGAGGAAGCAGAUCAUUUUACUAAUUUAUCCACAUGUGACGCUGAAGCUACCAUGUAUUAUUUAGAAGAACUUCUAGCGUCUUUGAGGACAGAAACUUCAUCACAAACAAUCUCAGAAAAGAUGUCUUUUGCUGUGAACCAGAAAGCAGUGAAAAUAAUUGCAUACAGAAAUGGAACUGGUUACCAAAAUGGGCAGUUAAUCAUUGCUAGUACAUUCCCUAUGCUGCUGUCUUUAUGUACAAAACGGCUGGAGCUCAACAGGACAGCUUGUAGGCUAUACACGAGUGAGGGGACAUUAAUCUUUACGCUACAAGAUUUAAUCUUGUGGGCUGUAAAUGAUUUUUUCAGGAAGCAGGAAUCCAAAGAAGGAGAAGAAGGAGCGGUUUCUGUUCCUGGCCCUGAAGGAAAUGUAUCUGCAUUGCUUGUAAAAGAUAAGCCGGCAGAGGAAAUGAACAUCAGAUGCGCAUCCUCAGUGAUGACUCCAGAUAAUGUGAUUGAUGAUACUUUGCUCACCAUCAUUCUUAGAAAUCCUAUUGAGGUCUGGGUUUCCAGUGGAGAACCUUUUCUGCCUUUGGAUACUUUGCAAAAUGCAGAAAGGCAAGAACGACAAAACUGGUUGGAAAAAGAUAAGAUUGUGGCAGACUUGCAGGCAAUGAAACACAAAAUGAGACAACUACAAGGGCGGCGCAUAGCAAAAUUUCAGCCAGCUAGUAUGGUGCCCACUAAGAGCCCCCUACAGCCUGUGGUAGUAGAAGGAGGCUGGACUGAAGAAACCCAAGAAGAAAUGGAGCUCAUGGAAAAUAUCAUACAUACAGAGAUGCACCUUUCAGAGAUUCAAGCAUUCCACCUCAAAAGACGUUCUCCUUUUUCUUCUAAACUACUUGUAAAAAGUCAUAGAAGUCUCUACAAUCAGCCUACAACCAAACGAGUGUGGAUUUACAUGAAUGGAAAGAGACCUGAGCAAGGAGUUCAUGCCUGGGGGAAAACAAUGGCAGAGCUACUUGACAACUGUACCACUCAGCUAAAAAUGCCACAGCCUGCAAAAGGACUGUACACACCUGAUGGUGACCAACUGCAGUCAUGGGAUGAAAUCGAAAGAGACAUGGUCCUUUGUGUUUCCACAGGACAGCCCUUUAUGAACAGAAAAGCCAUGAAGCAUGAUGUGGAAGUUAGAGCUCUUUAUUCCAGAAUUCGGAAGCAGCAAGGUCCAGAAGCAACUGACAUUAUCGUCUCACCGUCCAAAAAAAUUAUAGGACAGAAAGAAGAAAAUUUUUUGGCCAUCAGUGAAUAUUUCCAGAAAAAUGAAAAGCCACCUUCUGUUUUAAAUUAA